CGCACGGAAGGCGGAAAUCCCCGGCCAGAGGGGGCGUGGGAGGCAAAGGGGAAUGGCUUAUACCGGGGAGCCGGUGGCCCGGCUCGGCAGAACCCGCCUCGGGUAGCCGCCCGCCUCCAGCAUCGCCGCGAUGGAGCUGAAAGGCUGCAGAUUUCUGUUACUGCUUCUUCAUAUCCUGAGAGCUGUUUUUGCACUGGAGGAAAAAAUCAUUGUCAGUAAACUGGGAGACAACGCUACACUGAGUUGCGUUUAUCGAGAAGGAGAACUGCACUUAAAAAAUUUACGGGUAUAUUGGCAAAUAGAAGAUGAUCAAGAAGAGUGUUCAGUUGUACAUGCAAUGAUCUCCGGUCAAGACAAUGAAAGUGAGCAGUGUAUUCACUUUAAAAACAGGACUCAGUUAUUCUGGGAUAGAUUGGAAAGGGGUGAUUUUUCUCUGCUACUGCUAAACAUCAGCCAGAGUGAUGAACAUACGUACAAAUGCGUAGUCCUGCAGAAAACUGAAUACACCAGAAUGAUUCACCAGGCAAAAGUGGUUCUCAGUUUAGCAGCUAGCUAUAGCCAACCAAUACUCAUUGGACCAAUAAGAAACAGCAACAGUGCUGGAGAAGAGGUGACUUUCAGCUGCAGGUCCAGCAAUGGAUACCCUAAGCCCAGUGUUUAUUGGAUAAAUAAAACAGACAACAGCCACCUGCCUCCAUCAGAGCUAAAGAUCACUAACCACACAGAUGGCACCUACAGUGUUUUUAGCACACUGAAGGUUAAAGCCACUUCUAACAUGCAAAUAGAGUGCUCCAUAGAAAAUAAAGUACUGCGGGAAAAUCUGUCAGCCAACUACACACAGCAGAAUCAAAGCAAUGGUUCUAGCACAGAAAGUCACAAAAACCUGGAAAAAAAUGGACGAGGUGCUCAAGCAGCUGGCAUUGUUUCCAUUGUCAUUCUGAUAGGUUUUCUGGCUGUCAUAAUCUGCUGGCUGUGGAAAAGGAGAUCUUCUAUACCAAUGUUCUACACAGUAGGUGUCCAACCAAAUGAAGACAGAGGAGGAUUCAACUCAUCUGUCUAAAUGGAAAGUCUGCCAACAAUGCGAGCAGCUGGAGAUGUGUCAAGGGAAGCAUAACCCCUUCUCAGUGGCAGCACUGCUUGUAAUACAAGUGACAGAUUUCUGCAGACUGGGCCAAAAGAGAUGGCAAAACCAGCUUCUGCAACACAACAGACAGCAAAAUCCGCUGGAUUUUUGCUCCAGCCCCAGGCUAUAUCCACAAAACUGUUGUGUCACCUCAGAAUCUAACCACUUUGGAUAGUCCUCCAUGACUGUCUGUGUUCUGAGCUCCUGCACUGCAGAAAGCAGCAAGCUCAAAGCUGAUGAGUGCCCAGUCUCUUGUCAUCACAGCUGAGGACUCUUGUUAGCAGCAGAAGCCACUGCAUUUCAGGAACAUGGGAAGUUCUUGCUAUUUCUCCUUUCCCUGAUGAUGACUACUGAAUGUGAAGAAUGGCAGCUAGAAAAAAAAAGAAAACUGAAGAACUCUCUGGAAAGUGAGAUUUGUGAUCUUCUCCACUUUUGUCUCUACAGUACUUUCUUUCAUUGCCUGGUUUCACCAGCUGCAAUUACUGUGUACAGAACAAGGUAAAACAUUUUGACCCAGUCCUCCAAAAACAGGAGUUCCUAUGAUAAGCACUGAAUAUGCUAUCUUAAGAGAGCCUGAAUUCUUUAAAUGCACUUGAUAUCAACAUUUUGGCUUUUUUGGGUUAUACCGAAUAUCCCACCAGAAAAGGGAACUUCCACAUUUAACAGAAACCAGGUAGCACUUGGUGAAAGAACAAGCUGCAGAAAUCUGAUCAAUUGAAGAUAGUGCUCUCUGCUCUGUUAAUAUCAGGUUACCUGGAUUUACCCUUUUCAGGAUGAAACAAAAACUGUUGUCAAGCUCUGCCUGGUUUCAGCUGGUCUUUAUUUAAGCGCUCCUCUAUGGCUUCCAGGAGGAUUUUAAACAGAAUUUUUUCAACUGAACCUUUCCUUGUGUCCCAUCCCUCAACCUGAAAGAAAAGGCUGCAGACUGUAUCACCGUGUUGUCCAGGAAUGCCCCAAAAGCCAACAACUGCAGUGUCCUUGUGCCAGUGCCUCCCUGGUCCAGCCCCGAGUCAGCCAAGAGCAACUAGAUGAAAAUAAUGAAGCAUUAACUUUGCUGAUGGUAUGAAGUUGUGAAGGAGAAGGAAUCUCCACUAGCUGUCUUGUCUAGGUGGAGUAGUUUCCCCAUCUCAUCACAGAGGGACAGAGAUGAUGAUUUUUAAACUGAGCCCUGGAAACACCUGGCUUCUACACCAGUUACUAUACUAAAAUUCUACCAUUUUUGUGAUUAAGUCUCAGCCUGAUUUGUCCUAGAUAUACAUAGGGGAGGCACUCCAGAGUCAACUGUUAAGACAGGACACUGAUUUGUCAUAUCAAGAUGAGCUUUCAAAUCCUGGCCAAGUGAAAAUAAAAUUUAUCUUCUAUCAUGAGGGAUCCAGAACCAUUUGGCAAUGGCACAAUUAAUUUGUGUUGAACCAAUACCUUCAAGGAGGCUUGAAAUUGGGUAGCUGUGUAUCAUGUGUACAUACUAGUAUCUGGUGAGAGAGCUGCAUGGGCUCAGCCUCUGUAGCAUUAAGGGAGGAGGCAGUUUACAUCUCACUUGAUGCAGUCUGGGCCUACUGACCAGUUUGGACAGUAUGGGGACACUGGGGUUUUUGAUUAAAAAAAAAAAAAAAAUGCAGCCAAGCUGCCUAAUUAAGCUCCUGUCUCCUGUUAAGAUAGCUAGCACUUGUGUUACUUGUGUACAGUUGGGGGGUUUUAAAAGACAUUUUAUCUAUUUAUGUAAAUAAAGUAUAUUGCAUAUUUCUUAAUGUUGAAUGAUGUGUGUGAAAAAUACUGCUUUAUUUAUUAAUUUCACUUUUGUCUUCUGUUGCUUUCCCAUCUAGAACUGUAACAUGCCCAUCAGGCAGGGCUCAAAGUAUUUGUAGGAUAAGAUUACUAAGAUGCUAUAUGUUACUUUAAAUGUAAGCCUUUCCUUAUCUUCCCUCAUGUCCAUCUGGGUGUUAUUUUCCAAGUCCACACCUAGUCUUGAGUGAAUCCCAAUGGGAACUUACUUGCAGAAAGCAUUCAAGCUUGCAGACACCUUAACACUGUGAACAUCAUCUGUGCUUAUUUGCAGGGUAAUGAUUUCCCUUCAGUAAAAAGUCCUGCAGACAUUUUCUCACUAUUUAUCACAGGAAGUUGUUUUGUGUAACCUUUUUGGUGCUGCUGUAACUGACAGAAACAUUUUCUAAAAACCUUCUAAAAAGUUUUCCAUUUUUAUAGUCUGCAACUACAAGAAGCUGUAACAGUUUAGAGAUGUAAAAAGUGACCUAGCAGGUGUUUCACAGUAUUUUGUUAAGCUAAUUUAGAUUGGUUGGGUUUUUCCUUCUUCUGGUCUAAUAUGUACAUUCAUAUACAUAUGUGUAUUCAUAGUAUGUACUGAAGAUAUCUAAAUGCAACAGCCUGCUCUUAAAAAAAUGUGUAGUUUCAAUUUGUUUAGAAUUCCAGCUAUUUUUGAAGGCAAGUAAAUUUUAGAUGGCAGUUGCUUAUUAGCAUUCAAAGGACUUGGCAAUUGUGUAAUAACAGUUUUUUGUUAUCUCAUACCAUGUUUAUAUUUUAAAUAAAAUCUAUUCAUUCUU